UGGCAAGGUGGCGGGAUUUGUGUUGAAGCUUGUGCUCUGUCAGACAUGCGCAAGAGCGUUAGCAGCAGCAGCAGCACCAACACCACCGCUGCGCUGCGUUUCCGCCUUGGCUGAGCGGCGCACACAGCCGAGAGGGGAGGGGAGGGAAGCCGAGAAGAAGAGCCACCGAGACGCAGUGGGGCACAGCACGGACUGCGAGCAAAUCACACCGACGCACCGACAUCCCAGCAGCCGAAUUUGAACGUCAAGAAGCGACCUGUGCGCUGCGCGCCGAAGCCUUCCAGCAUGGAGACUGCGUUAAAAAAGAGCACUAAAAUGUGAGAUUUACAGAGGAAAUCAGAAGAGAGAGAGAGAGAGAGCGAGCGAGCCAGUGUGUGUGCGAGAGAGAGAUAGAGAGAGAGCGAGAGCGAGAGCGAGAGAGAGAGAGAGAGAGAGAGAGAGAGAGAUAGAGAGAGAGAGAGAGCGAAAGUGGCUAUCCCCUUUAUCUUUUGCGGGUGAUCUCAAUUCUGUGCGCUGCAGUCUGAAAAUGAAGAAGUUCAACAUCAGGAAGGUGCUGGACGGCUUGAAAGAGGUUUCCUCAUCCACCCCGUCUGUCCAAGUGGGGCCACAGGAGAACCAUCUGAUCCAGGAGACCCUCCAGUCCGACCACUUCCAGCUCUGCAAGACUGUCCGUCAUGGCUUCCCCUACCAGCCGUCGUCCAUGGCUUUCGACCCCGUGCAGAAGAUACUGGCCAUCGGCACCCAGAGUGGGGCUCUCAGAUUGUUUGGUCGUCCAGGGGUGGAGUGCUACUGUCAACACGAGAGUGGAGCAGCCGUCAUCCAGCUACAGUUUCUCAUCAAUGAGGGAGCGCUGGUGAGUGCUCUGGCUGACGACAGUGUUCACCUGUGGAACCUGAGGCAGAAGAGACCUGCCAUCCUCCACUCACUCAAGUUCAGCAAAGAGAGAAUAACUUUCUGCCACCUGCCCUUCCAGAGUAAAUGGUUGUAUAUCGGCACAGAACGGGGGAACAUCCACCUCGUCAACGUGGAGUCCUUUAUGCUCUCAGGCUACGUCAUCAUGUGGAACAAAGCCAUUGAACUGUCAACCAAGGCUCACCCUGGACCAGUGGUGCAUAUAAGCGACAACCCCAUGGAUGAGGGAAAGCUUAUAAUUGGAUUUGAGUCUGGGAUCGUGGUCAUGUGGGAUCUGAAAUCAAAGAAGGCCGACUCUCGCUAUACUUACGAUGAGGCUAUCCACUCAGUUGCCUGGCAUCACGAGGGCAAGCAGUUCAUUUGCAGUCACUCAGAUGGAACUCUGACCAUAUGGAACAUCAGAGGCCAGGGCAAGCCCAUACAGACAAUCACCCCGCACGGAAAACAGCCCAAGGACGGGAAGAAGCCAGAGCCUUGUAAACCCAUUCUCAAAGUAGAGUACAAAACCACUAGAAUUGGUGAGCCCUUCAUGAUCCUGUCUGGUGGUCUCUCCUAUGACACGGUGGGCCGGCGGCCAUGUUUGACAGUAAUGCAUGGGAAGAGCACCGCUGUGCUGGAGAUGGACUAUCCUAUCGUAGACUUCCUCACACUGUGUGAGACACCAUACGCUAAUGAUUUUCAGGAACCUUACGCUGUGGUGGUCCUUCUAGAAAAGGAUUUAGUGGUGAUCGACCUUGCACAAAAUGGUUACCCCAUAUUCGAGAACCCGUAUCCUCUGACUAUCCAUGAGUCGCCUGUGACCUGCUGCGAGUACUUUGCCGACUGCCCUGUGGACCUCAUACCUGCACUUUACUCCGUCGGCUCGCGGCAGAAACGACAGGGCUACAGCAAAAAGGAAUGGCCUAUUAGUGGUGGAAACUGGGGUCAAGGUACACAGAGCUACCCAGAGAUCAUCAUCACUGGGCAUGCUGAUGGGACUGUGAAGUUCUGGGAUGCCUCUGCAAUGAUGCUCCAGGUGCUCUAUAAACUCAAAACAGCCAAGGUUUUUGACAGAAACAGGUCCAAGGAGGACAAGGGCAGCACCGAGACGUCAGAUGAAGACCCCUUCGCCAUUCAGAUCAUGGCCUGGUGCCCUGAGAGCAGGAUGCUAUGUGUGGCCGGGGUGUCAGCGAAUAUUAUCAUCUACCGCUUCAGCAAACUGGAAGUAACUACCGAGGUGGUGCAGUUACUAGAGGUGCGAAUGCAGUACGAGCUGAACGACAUAGAAUCUCCGGACGGGGGAGAACCGGCGCUUCCCACCCCCGGUGCCUCCCCUCAGACAAGCGGCCCACCGUCACACCCCUCCACCAGCAGCAACAACUCUGACGGAGGCAACAUGCCCUGCCUCAAAGUGCGCAGUACUCCUUUAAAGCAGUCUGCAGGCUACCAGGUAGAUUUGGUGGUCCAGUUAGUGUGGGUGAGUGGAGAGCCCCCGCAGCAGAUCACAAGUCUGGCGCUCAAUUCCUCCUACGGUCUUGUGGUGUUUGGCAACAGUAACGGUCUGGCAGUGGUGGACUACGUCCAGAAGACGGUAGUGCUCAACUUGGGGACGGUGGAGCUUUAUGGCUCCAACGACCCUUACCAGAGACAGCCCCGCUCGCCAAGAAAGACACGACAGCCCUCUGGAGGUCUGUGUGACAUCAACGAGGGCUCGGCCACAUCAGAGGACCGCUGCAAGUCCCCUACUUCAGUGUUGAUGUCAAACAGCAAUCUUCAGCAAUUCUACAAUGGAGGUGGUAGAGGAGCAAAGAUGUCACGGAAAUUAAGCUUGCCUACUGAGCUAAAGCCAGACUUGGUCUUCCUGUCUGUAUGCCCGCCACGGGGUGCCAACCCAUUAGACCAUCGGGACAAUUCUUUCAGCCGUUCGCGCUCCUCCAGCGUCACCAGUAUUGACAAGGAAGCCAGAGAGGCCAUCAGCUCCUUCCACUUCAGUGACACCUUCGCCCGGAAGGGGGACAGCACGUUGACGCCCUGCCUGUAUGUGGGCACUACUCUGGGCACCGUGCUGGCUCUAGCUCUCACAUUGCCACCUGCUGGGGAGCAACGGCAACUGCAGCCAGUUAUCCUUUCACCUACAGGCAUGUUGGUGCGGCUGAAGGGCAGCAUCAUGCGGAUGGCUCUCCUGGACUCAACAGGUUCAAUGCUGCCGCCUGCGUUUGAGCCUUGGUUUGAACCCAACGUAACAGCAGAUGGGGAAGAAAGAGAGAAGGUCCGCAAGCGCCGGCCUGUCUCAGUGUCCCCCUCCACCUCCCAGGACCUCAACGAGAGCCAGUAUGCUGUGGUGUGUUCAGAGAAACAGGCCAAAGUCAUUUCCCUCCCCUCCCAGACCUGCAUCUACAAACACAGUAUCACUGAGGCCUCCUUCAUCCUGCGGGCAGAUGUUGUGCAGAUGAGCCAAGGCGUGUCUCUGGCCUGUUUCUGUGCCAAUGGCCACAUCAUGACACUCAGUGUGCCGGGGCUGAGACCACUCAUGGAUGUAAACUACCUGCCUUUGACUGACAUGCGGAUAGCAAGGACGUUCUGCUUCACUAACCUGGGUCAGGCCAUGUACCUCUGCUCCCCCACUGAGGUCCAGAGGAUCACCUACAGCCAGGACACCUGUGAAAACCUACAGGAGAUGCUGGGGGAACUUUUUACACCGGUGGAGACACCAGAGGCCCCCAACAGAGGGUUCUUCAAAGGCCUCUUCGGGGGAGGAGCUCAGUCCCUGGACAGAGAGGAGCUAUUUGGUGAGAUUUCUUCUGGAAAGGCAAACCGAAGUCUGGCCCAGCACAUCCCAGGCCCGGGUGGCUUGGAGGGGAUGAAGGGGGCAGCAUCAGGUGUGGUUGGAGACUUGGCUCGUGCCCGGAUAGCGCUGGAUGAAAGAGGCCAGAAACUGGGCGAGCUUGAUGAGAGGACAGCUGCCAUGAUGACCAGCGCAGAUUGCUUUUCCAAACAUGCCCAUGAGAUGAUGCUGAAGUGCAAAGACAAAAAAUGGUACCAGUUGUAAACGGUGACGGGGGAGGAGCAGAGUUAUGUGGACGCGACUGUCACCUUCCAUUGGCUCAUUUGGACUCACCGUGACCCCCCACCCAUCUGUCUGUCCAUACAUCCAUCCCUCCAAGCCUUCUUCACUGGGACACUUGGGAUUAUCUUCCCUAGCACAAUGUUGAAUACUGUUCUUACCUCAGUCUUAGGGUGGAACUGAGCGGUAGACGGGGGUGAAGGACAACCUCAGAGGGAGCACAUAAAUGGUGUCUUUUAAAAAAAAGUGUUCGUCUCUUUGUUUAUCUCUGUUCGACUUCUCCUCCGAGGUAGCCGAUUGGCCCACGCACCUGGAGAUUCUUCAUACUCAUUUGCCAAAAUGUCCUUUAAUGUUGUCUCCACUCCGAGCCCAUCGGGGGGGCCAUGUCAAACCGACGACCAUAGCUGAAAAAAAGACAAGUAUCUAUUGAAGAAACAGACUAAAAAACAUUCUUAACAAUGUAAAAAGAAGGAAAAAUAAUCUAAAUACAUCAUUAUAUAUACAUAAAUCUAAUAAAUGUGCAACGCUGUAUCCACUUCCGAGUGACAAGUACAAAAGAAAAGGAAAGCUCAUCCAAGAGGAAAGAGCAGCGUGUGACGGCGGCGAUGGAGAGACACAGGAAGAGCUCAACAGUGACGCCUCCUCUAUGCAGAGAGUCACAGGGAUAAAAGCAACUUAAUCUGAUGUACACUGGAUAUUUCGUCAUCUCGCUCAACCUCUAGACUCUCCUCUGUAUCUUACAGACUUUCAUAUCGUUACCAACAGUGUGUGCGUGUGUGUGUUAAUUUCUAUUUUCUUGCCAUUCCUCUAUUUGUUAUUCGUUGGGUUUAUUGCUCUGUCUGUAUUAUUGGAAAAUCUCUUAUUUUUCUAUGGUUGUGAAAGUGGAUGAUAUUUGAUUUGUUGAAAAAAUACUUUUUGUGGCUUUUAUCUAACAACUCAAAUUAAUUUCUCCUUAUGAAAAGGGCUGGAAUCUAAAAAAGGAGGGCAAGGAUAUAAAAGGCAUAUAUCAUUUAGUACUCACUGACAUGGCUACAUCUGAUUUACUGACUCUCAAAUCUCAAAGCAAGUGCGUAUGAACCACACACUUGUAUUGUUUACCUGAUGUGAUGUUAACUGCCUCUCUCAACCUCUAUUGUCGUAAGCUUCCGCAGUUUGCGAGUGUGACUGUAAAAUGCCGAUGACAUCAGUGUUAAAUACACAAAAGUCUAGCCAGAUUUUGUGGAGUUUCCAAGUUCUGCAGUCCACACCGAUAUGGCGAUUACCUUCACAUGAGGGGAAACAACUAUUUGUGUAAUCAUAUAUGCAGAAUAAUAGUAAUACAGAUGUGUAAUCCUUUAAAAGCAUAUGUUUAAAACACAUUUCAGGUUUUGCUGACAGUUGUCUGUAUGAGAAAGUUAUCUUUGUGAUUUAUUUGUUUAUAUUUAUUAAGGUGCAAAAGACAGUUGUGUUUGGUGUCAGAAACGUUCACCUCCAUUAUUAUCUCGUUUCUAUUUCCAUAUUUGCAGUAAAGCUGAAAUGUGGUAUAUCUCUCUGUCUACCAGGCUUUUAACCUUUAUUUGUAUAUAAGUAAAUAGUUUGACAAUCUAAGACCAACUGGAAAGUAGAUGUCAAAGUUGCUCGAGCAGAAGAGGAGAGAGGCCAUAUUUUUUCUGACGCCAAAGAGUUGCUUUAGCUUUUCCAUUGCAUUAUAAUUUGGCUCAUCAUUUCACCGGACGGUAUCGUACAUACAGACAGGAUCAGGUUCAUUAAGAAAUAUAUUAUUCAUCAUCUUUCAGGGUUCAAGAAAUGGAGAAAUUUGCAAUGGAACUCAGCCAUUUAUAGUACUAUGGUUUCACAAUAUGUCAUAUAUGUAACUUUUGGACUAAUGUUUAAUGUUUGAAGUGCCCUAACUGUCGGUUGAUAACAAAACAAAAACCUAAACCAUUCAUCUGUGUGUUUGUUCAUGAAUGAGUGUUUAUGUCUCUCUGUGUCAGAGUGUGCUCAUGUAAAUUAGGUGAUAUUAUUUAGGAUAUUGGUUGUUAAUAAUUGAUGUACAAGUCAGCAGGCCGUGUCCAGUUGAGUGUCUGUUACACUAACUAAAGCCACCAAUGAUAAUAACUAGAUAACAGUAGGAUAAUGAGCAUUAGAGAAUGACCUCUAAAAAUCUGGUUUUAUUUAACUGCCGCAUGUCUGGUCUUUGCACACAUGCUUCGACUCUCCUCCACUGCAGUCUUUGCCUGUUUCUCUCUUCCUCCAGUGAGUCUUCCACUGACUCUCUGGGUCCACAGCGACAGAUAUGGCCUUCUCUGUGUUUAGUAAAGCAUUGUUGUGUGGAUGUUGGUAGAUAGCUCCGUCUUUAAUCCCCAAGGUAACAAAUAGGAAAAAACUACUUCAGGAAAAAUAAGUAGUUUUAGCUAGAGUUCAUCCCCAAAUACUUGUUCUAUGUCUUUCCCUCCAACCCGGCUGUUAUUUGUGUUAUACUUGUUUUAUUUUGUUCAAUGUCAUACCUGUUUUUCAUCUUCGUGUGACUUGUUUCUUGUCCCUACAUACAGUAUGCAGUAUUCUUACCCGAUACAAUCCACACACUCAAGCAGCAAGAGGGAGUCCUGUCUAUCUGCCAUAUGCCAUCUUCUGUCCUGGAUUCAACAGUUAUCAGUGGGUUGCAGUAUUUUUCUCAUUGUAGCCAAUUUUCUUGUACAGUUUUAUGCAACUUUCACAUGGAUGUUUAUGACUUUAUCUGCUGCCACACAAAUUUAAAAUUAUGUAGAUAGAGAUUACUGUGCAAUGGAAAAUAAAAGUGGAAAAUGUA